AAGCAUAUUCACAUCAUAAACACCUAUAUAUAUAACUCUAAUAUUUCUAGAUGGUUCAUCUACAUGUGAUCUAAUUAAUCAAAAGCCAACUCUUGAUUCUUGUUUUGUUAUAUAAACACUCUCAUCCGAUCCACAACAGAGGAUUCAAACUCUCGUCUCCUUCUUCCUUCUGCUACCCCGCUUAGAUCAUCGUCCUUCUGGAAAUCGCGUACAAACACAUUAUUCUUCACAAUCCCUUCGUCCAAUCUAAAUUAUCCUAUCAUUUGGAUGGACAACAUAAAGCAAUCGUGUGUGCCACCGGGAUUCCGAUUUCAUCCAACAGAGGAAGAGCUCGUUGGUUAUUACCUAGAUGGGAAGAUCAAUUCAAUUAAGAGUGCUUUAGAUGUCAUUGUAGACAUUGACCUCUACAAAAUGGAGCCAUGGGAUAUUCAAGCGAGAUGUAAACUAGGGUAUGAAGAGCAAAACGAGUGGUACUUCUUUAGCCACAAGGAUAGGAAGUACCCGACCGGGACUAGGACCAAUAGAGCAACGGCCGCCGGGUUCUGGAAGGCCACCGGUAGAGACAAGGCGGUACUUUCAAAGAAUAGUGUCGUAGGAAUGCGGAAGACACUUGUCUACUACAAAGGUCGAGCUCCUAAUGGAAGAAAAUCAGAUUGGAUCAUGCACGAAUACCGCCUCCAAAACUCCGAGCUUGCCCCGGUUCAGGAGGAAGGUUGGGUGGUGUGUCGAGCAUUUAGGAAGCCGAUUCCAAACCAGAGGCCAUUAGGGUACGAGCCAUGGCAGAACCAGCUCUACCACGUUGAUAAUAAAAAUUACUACUCAUCUUCAGCGACAAUGAACACGAGUCACCAUAUCGGUGCCUCUUCAUCGAGCCAAAACCUUAACCAAAUGGUCAUGAGUAAUAAUCACUACAAUGCCAAUAAUCCAUCCUCAACGAUAUAUCAAUAUGGCAAUAUCGAGCUCCCACAGCUAGACAGUCCUAGCUUGUCGCCAAGUCUAGGGACGAAUAAAGAUCAGAACGAGAGUUUGGAGCAAGAAGAAGAGAAGAGCUUCAACUAUGUGGACUGGAGAACACUAGGUAGCUUGCUUGAGAUACAAGCCACACAUCCACAAAACCCUAAUGUCCUUGUGUCUUCGUUAGCAACGCAGUCUUAUAACCCGGAACAGAGCUUCCCUUCCAUGCAUCAAAACUAUAAUUAUGAGGUCGAAGCUAAUAUUCAUCAUCCAUUUGGAUGCUUCCCUGACUCCUAAUUUUUUUAAAAAGAAACU